AUGCAACAACGUCGAGACGAGAUUCUCGCGAAGAAGGCGAAGCUCGCAGAGCUCAAGCGGCAGAGAGAGCUUCGCGCCACUCAGAAUGGACCCGGUCGCCCAAGUUUCAGCGGCACUGAUUUGAUCUCGCCAGCGCCUGCCCGAGCUGACAAUCGUCGAGAAAUCGAGUCCCUUAUCAACAGUCUAGUUGGCGAGAGUCGUCCUGGCUCGGUUACUACAGGUGGCGCUGCAUCGCCGGCACACCGAGGAAGCCGUCCAAACAGUGUCCUGAGUGCUGGAGAGACAAGCAAUGGAGCCAUCUCGGAGUUCACGUCACCGCCCGGCAUCGAAAUUCCAGGUCAGACCGUGUAUAGCCAGCCACAGACCCUGAGCACGGUCGCUUUGACAACGAUAUACGAGUGUCCGCCUUCACCGGUAAAGGAGGUAUUCUCUUACAGCAAGGGUGUGCAGACGUCCGAGGACUUGUUCCCAGCAGCGGCACGACCACGGGCAUUCUCGCUCGAGUCCUUGCCUGAGGAUGCGUCGUCGACAUCCAACAAGCGCAUGAGCAGGAGAGAGCGAGACCGGGAGGAAGAGCUGCGACAAAAGCUUCGGAGGGAAAUAGAGGAGGAGCUCCAAGCAGCAAAGGACUUGACGGCAGAAGGCGAUGUUAAGAAAGCGGCCUUGCCGGACUCAAGCUUCGCUACGAGGACCUUGACGAACGACGAAUUGAACGCGAUUGUCUCAUCGGACGAGUUUGUGGACUUUUUUGAUCGAUCAUUGAAGGUCAUCGAAAAGACUCUGGAUCAAUAUGAUGUUUUAACAGACUACACGCUAGGAGCGCAGGACAUCGAGGACGAGGACGAACAAGGCAACGUCGGGGGCAAGGGCCGACGCAAGGUCAAGGAGAUAAGUCAGUUUUACGACGAACGGUGGUCCAAGAAGCGCAUGGUCAGCGCUAUAGACUUUUCCCCAAAGUUUCAAGAACUGGUUCUGGCGUCAUACACAAAGAACCCCUCGGCGCCGCAUGAGCCUGAUGGGGUUGUUCAAGUUUGGAACAUGAACCUGCACGAUCGACCCGAGUUUGUGUUCCACGCACAGUCCGACAUUCUCACCGCCAAAUUCUCACCCUUCCACCCCAACCUCAUCGUGGGCGGAGCAUACAGCGGACAGGUCCUACUCUGGGACACGAGAGCUCGAUCUGCGCCAGUCCAGAGGACGCCACUUACAGGCUACGGACACACACAUCCCGUUUAUGCUGUCGAUAUAAUCGGCACACAGAACGCCAACAACAUCAUUUCAUGCUCCACCGACGGUACGGUAUGCGGCUGGGCGGUUGAUAUGCUGGCCCAGCCUGCGGAGACACUCAAUUUGCAGGCGCCACCACCCAACAAGACUGACUACAUCAGCCCUCUUUGUCUGUCCUUCCCACAGACUGACCCGACCUUCUUUUUGGUCGGCACAGAGGAGGGCACCAUCUUCCCGUGCCACAGAUACGACCGCGCUGGUGCCAAGGCUGGUGUCGAUCCACGGGUGAGCUACAAGGGUCACGCCGGUCCCGUCAUGUCCCUCGACUUCCACCCAGCCAGGGGACCUGUUGAUCUCGGCGACCUGGUCAUCUCCAGCAGCCUGGACUGGAGCGUGAAGCUCUGGAAGGUGCGGGCACCUGCCACGACGUCCGGCAUCGGUGGUGCCGGUGCUGGAGGCGAGGGUGCGGUGUCACACCUGAUGGAGUUCGUCCGCGAGGACGUGGUCUACGACGCCGCCUGGUCACCUAUCAAGCCAGGCGUCUUCUCGCUUGUCGAUGGCGCGGGCUGGCUUGAGCUUUGGGACAUCACCGUAGAGACGGAGGAGCCGGUGGCGAGGAUCAGCCCCAGCUCGAGGAAGGACAGCCGGGCCAUGCUUUCCAAGAGCUUGAACAAGGUGAAGUGGGAACAGCAGGAGGGUAAGCGGUUAGCCGUUGGCGGCAUCGAUGGCGCCUUGACGGUGUUCGAGGUUGGCCCAGACUUGGGUGGCAAGGAGAACCUCAAGAAUGAGGAGUGGACAAACGUCAAGAAAUUGGUAAAUAGAGUGGAGGCGGUUGGUGUGAAUGAUACGCCCAGAGCCUUGUUCUGCUGUGACCGUCCGGGUGAGGAGCAGAUCCCUGUACUGGGUAAUUACAUAAGCGGUUGGAACUCUCUCAGACGCGCCGCAUUGAGGGCCGCCGUUUCGGCGUCCCGUGCCCCUGUGGCCAAGGUCCAAAUUCUCGGAGUCGCGACACAGAUCUCUGCACCAAGGAUAAUUGUACCAUCGGCUGUGCGCUGCUUUUCCCAAACCCUGCGUGUCGCCAGCGAGGAGCCUGCACCCAACGUCGCUGAAGCCGAGAAAGCUGGUCGUAAUGGAGAGGAGCCUGGUUUCGGCCUGUUCGUCCGGAACAUGGUGUUCGAGGCAAACGAGGACCACCUAAGGGAGGCUUACGAGAAAUACGGCGAGGUCACCAAGGCGGUUGUCGCACGAGAUGCUCGCGGUCUCAGCAGAGGAUACGGAUUUGUGUGGUUCACCGAUAAGGUAGCCAUGGAGAAGGCCGUUGAGGGCACCAACUCGUCGUUCUGGCACGGACGCCGCAUCCAGGUCUCACCCCGGACAGCCAAGUCUAGCAGGAACGAGUCGACCAUGGGACCAACCAAGUCCCUGUACGUCGGCAACAUCCCUUACGAGACGACCGACGCCGAGCUGAACCGCAUCUUCCGCGAACUGGAUAACGUGACCGACGUCCGUGUCGCUGUUGACCGCACCACGGGAUGGCCCCGUGGCUUUGCCCACGCCGACUUCACCGACGUGGAGUCAUGCCAGGAGGCGAAGAACAAGCUGCAGGGUACAACUAUUGGUGGUCGGGAGUUGAGGCUCGACUUUGCCUCUGAGGUCGUCAAGUCCAGCAACAGGCGAUAA